CUGUAGCUGUAGCACGUCAUUGCUUGUUGUGAUCAUCCUGCGUCCUUCUGUUUACAUGUCUGUAACCUGCUGUUCUAUCUAAGGUAGAGCUAAAAUACCAUUAAUACAAAUACAAAUAUAUAGAAACUGAUAUCGGAAGAACUUGUGCAACCACGCCCAUACAGCUGUAUUGCUGCAAGAAAUUAAAGAAGCUCUAAAUGUUUGAGUGCCUUUCCGCGCUGUACACAUCACUUGCAUUUGUCUGGAGAGGAUGCUGCGGUAGAAGAGCCGACCAUGGACGAAGGGGAUGAUCUUGAAGUUCUUGGUGAACAGCUGUAUGAUCUGAUUUACCACAGACACGCAGAGAUGGCGGGCAAGCUCACAGGCAUGUUGCUGGAGCUUCCUGGUCCUGUGCUGAGCCAGAUGCUACAGGAUGAGGCUAUGCUGACAGGAGCUCUUGAGAAAGCUUUGAGAGCAUUGCAGCUUCCCCAGGGAACCAGGAAGGAGGCGUCUAAAGAUGAUGACGAGGUGUCCGCGUCCUCGGACUCGCUGGGAGAACAGCUAUUUGAGCUAGUGGAUAUUUACAACACUGGCCAAACACAAAAAAUCACUGGGAUGUUGCUGGAGCAACACAAGGAGGCCGUGUUGGCCCUCCUGUCGGAGCCCUCCCUCUUGGAAGAGCAGGUCAACCUGGCCAUGAAGACUCUGCAGGAGCAGAAGGGAGACGGGAUGGACGUGAGUGACUCGUCGGAUGCCGAUGACAUCGACAGGCUGGGAGAGAAGCUGUUCUCCCUGGUGGAGAAGAUUGAUGCGGCACACGCUAAUGACAUCACUGGCAUGCUUCUGGAGGUGGACCCUGAGACCAUCCGGGAGAUGAUCAGCGACCAGACAAUGCUGGAAACAGCUGUUCAGAAGGCACAUGCUGCACUGGCAAACACAUGGAGCAAACAGGAUGACGUUCCAAACAGCAAAUGAGUGUCACUUGUCGUGGCUCUUCUGGUUGUGAACUGGAAGAUACUGUGUCCAGUGAACACAGCAUGUACUUUCCUUGUCCCCCCACAGGCACUGAUGCGUGAGGACCAGAGGGAUUCUAGUUACCUAUAAGGACCAUCGUCCUGUUUGUGUUGUGACCCACGUUUGAGUUGGCUUGUGGGGGAGGGAAUAUCACGUGUCAGUUUCCUGAGCCAUGAAAGUGGAACUGGUGAAAUGAGGCUGGACCGGAGAAUACUGUGCAACGUGGAAUAAAUUAUUACAGCGUUUGAAAUGGACACUGAGAAGAGGACAGACGUGUCCAGGCGGCAACAUACUUGUAUCCACGUUAGCAUUCAUACUUAACAUUUCAGCGUGGUAUUGUUUAGUUUAAACUGAGAUCAUUAUCAGGCAAUGAUGUCAAAUAAAUGCUAUACAUUUUCGACAUUAACAUGAACAAUGUAUUGCCAACUGUGUAAGUGUAA